AGAUCUCUUCCGUCACACACAAAACAAAAACAACAACAAAUCUCAAAAAAAUUUCAAAUUCGAAUUUUGUAAAGAAGGAAUAUUCAAACGAUCGAUUCUUGUUUGAUUCGUAAUAGUGAGUGAAAAAAAAAUGGCGCUUAAUAUAUCGCAUCAGCUCGGAGUACUCGCCGGAACUCCGAUCAAAUCCGGCGAAAUGACCGAUUCGUCGAUAUUAUCUGUUUCACCACCAUCGGCGAGGAUGAUGAUGUCCUCAAAACCGAUGAAUCGAAACUACAAGUCUCACGGGACAGAUCCAUCGCCUCCGAUGAGUCCUGUUUUAGGUGCGACGCGUGCGGAUCUGUCGGUGGCGUGUAAAGCUUACGCGGUGGAGACCGGAGUUGAAACCAUCGAGGAGCAGAGAUCGUAUAAGGAAGGAGGGAUUGUGGAGAAGAGAGAAGGAGGAGGUGUUCCUGUGUUUGUGAUGAUGCCGCUUGAUAGUGUUACGAUGGGGAAUACGGUGAAUCGGAGGAAAGCGAUGAAAGCGAGUUUGCAGGCGUUGAAGAGUGCUGGUGUUGAAGGGAUUAUGAUUGAUGUGUGGUGGGGUUUGGUUGAGAAGGAGUCUCCUGGUACUUAUAAUUGGGGUGGUUAUAAUGAGUUGCUUGAGAUGGCUAAGAAGCUUGGGCUUAAGGUUCAAGCUGUUAUGUCGUUUCAUCAGUGUGGUGGUAACGUUGGUGACUCUGUCACUAUUCCUCUGCCUCAGUGGGUUAUUGAAGAGGUUGACAAGGACCCAGAGCUUGCAUACACUGAUCAGUGGGGAAGAAGGAACCAUGAGUACGUAUCACUUGGUGCGGAUACACUCCCGGUUCUCAAAGGUAGAACUCCCGUGCAGUGCUAUGGGGAUUUCAUGCGUGCUUUCAGAGACAACUUCAAGCAUCUUCUUGGAGACACCAUUGUGGAAAUCCAAGUGGGAAUGGGACCUGCAGGAGAGCUGCGUUACCCUUCGUACCCUGAGCAAGAAGGGACAUGGAAGUUCCCAGGGAUUGGAGCCUUCCAGUGCUAUGAUAAGUACUCGUUAAGUAGCUUGAAAGCAGCAGCUGAGGCUUAUGGGAAGCCAGAAUGGGGCAGUACUGGUCCAACUGAUGCUGGUCACUACAAUAACUGGCCAGAAGACACUCAGUUCUUCAAAAAAGAAGAUGGUGGUUGGAACACAGAGUACGGAGAGUUCUUCCUCUCAUGGUACUCUCAGAUGCUUCUAGAUCAUGGUGAGCGGAUUCUUUCAUCAGCCAAAUCGAUAUUCGAAAGCACGGGUGUCAAAAUAUCUGUCAAAAUCGCUGGAAUCCACUGGCACUACGGGACCCGUUCUCACGCCCCUGAGCUCACAGCGGGAUACUACAACACAAGGUUCAGAGAUGGGUACCUACCGAUCGCCCAAAUGUUAGCCAGACACAACGCCAUAUUCAACUUCACAUGUAUCGAGAUGAGGGACCACGAACAGCCUCAAGACGCGCUUUGUGCACCAGAGAAGCUAGUUAACCAGGUGGCUCUAGCCACUCUGGCCGCAGAAGUUCCUCUAGCUGGUGAAAACGCAUUGCCUAGGUACGAUGACUAUGCGCACGAGCAGAUCCUCAAGGCCACAGCGCUGAGCUUCGAUCAGAACAGCGAGGGAGAAAAGCGAGAGAUGUGUGCAUUUACUUACCUAAGGAUGAACCCGGAGUUGUUUCAGGCGAAUAACUGGGGGAAAUUUGUAGCGUUUGUGAAGAAAAUGGGCGAAGGAAGAGACUCUCAUAGGUGUUGGGAAGAAGUUGAGCGUGAAGCUGAGCAUUUUGUGCACGUUACUCAGCCGCUGGUUCAAGAAGCUGCAGUGGCUCUCACUCACUAGAGAGACAGAGAUUGUGGCAUGGUUCGAUGGUUUAUGUCUGUAUGCGAUCCCUUAUAAUGGAAUAGUUCUAUGAUGAUGCCGAAAAGAUGUUUAGGCUUGUUGGAGUUUGUGUAUGUAUUGUUAGUAAAAUCAAAAUGUAUGCCACAGCUCUGGUAUUUUUCCGGUCAGGUUGUGGCAUUCAUUCUACUACUUUUAAUAAUAUAUGCUAAAAGUUGUAUAUACUCUUCAACGGAGGGAAAAAGAAAUAACAUUU